CUGAUUGGCUGCCCCGACCAUUGCUUUGGUAUGUAUUACCUUGGAUAGACGCUCCCAUCAUCAUACUCUUGCCAGGCGCUGUAGGCCAAGAUGCCGCGUGUAACCGUGCACAUUAGGGAUGAGUGGAUGACGGUGCCCUACAGAGACUCCACAUCCACCAUACAGUGGUUAGGACAAGAGGCUUUGAAACGCUACACGAAGAACAAACCUGAUAACGGAGGACUGUCAAAGUCUGUCAAAGACAUUCGUUUCGUCGUCAGGAGGUGCCAAGGGCAUGGGUUGUUGGACGCGGAUGACACUAUCGAGGAUGUUCUGGAGGAUAAUGACUUUGUUGAACUGGCAAUUGAAGGAGACUCCAUGUCCCCUGACUUCAUCCAUUAUCAGGCAGGAGUAUCGCACAUAACCGCUGUGUACAGAGAACCUGAUGAUUUCUUGUUUCUAGAUGGCAACUCUUUAAGCUCUACGGAUUUGGUGAAUCUGGGAAAAGGACUCUACAAGAUCAAGUUGACCCCGGAGGCAGAGCACAAGGUUGUGCAAUCAAGGGAGCUUUUGGACACCAUUGUCAAGGAGAACAGAGUUGUGUAUGGAAUUACGACCGGCUUUGGGAAGUUUGCACGCACUGUCAUCCCUGUCAGCAAACUGAAAGAAUUGCAAGAAAAUCUCGUGCGCUCUCAUUCUGCUGGUCUGGGCAGCCCACUGAGCCCAGAGAGGACUCGCAUGCUGCUGGCUCUCCGCAUCAAUGUCCUGGCCAAGGGAUACAGUGGCAUCUCACUGGAGACUCUAAGUGCAAUGGUCCAGGCUUUCAAUUCAUCCUGCCUGUCGUUUGUUCCUGAGAAGGGCACGGUGGGGGCCAGUGGGGACCUGGCCCCCCUCUCGCACCUGGCCCUGGGCCUCAUGGGGGAGGGCAAGAUGUGGUCCCCCAAGAGCGGCUGGGCAGACGCCAAAUAUGUCCUUGAUGCGCAUGGACUGAAGCCUGUAUCACUCAAACCGAAAGAGGGACUGGCCCUGAUCAAUGGGACCCAGAUGAUCACAUCUCUGGGUGCAGAGGCGGUGGAGAGAGCGGAGGCCAUCGCUAGGCAGGCCGACAUCAUCGCCGCCCUCACCCUGGAGGUACUGAAGGGAACCACCAAGGCUUUCGACAGUGACAUCCAUGCGCUGCGGCCCCAUCCGGGACAGAGCCGGGUGGCCCUGCGCUUCCGGUCCUUGUUGGACUCCGAUCACCAUCCCUCAGAGAUUGCAGAGUCCCACAGGUUUUGUGACAGGGUCCAGGAUGCAUAUACCAUGCGCUGUUGUCCACAGGUUCAUGGUGUGGUGAAUGACACGAUUGACUUUGUGAAGAACAUUAUCAACACAGAGAUCAACAGUGCUACUGACAACCCUAUGGUAUUUGCGGAGCGAGGGGAGACCAUCUCUGGCGGGAAUUUCCAUGGAGAGUAUCCAGCCAAGGCUUUGGACUACCUGGCGAUCGGUGUUCACGAGUUGGCCGCGAUCAGUGAACGGCGUAUCGAGCGCUUGUGCAACCCGUCCCUCAGCGAGCUCCCCGCCUUCCUUGUCAACGAGGGGGGCCUCAACUCAGGGUUCAUGAUUGCACAUUGCACCGCUGCCUCUCUUGUGUCCGAGAACAAGGUGCUGUGUCACCCUUCGUCUGUGGACUCCCUGUCCACCAGUGCUGCCACGGAGGACCACGUGUCUAUGGGAGGCUGGGCGGCCAGGAAAGCCCUAAGGGUGGUGGAGAACGUAGAACAAGUUCUUGCCGUGGAGCUCCUUGCGGCCUGCCAGGGUAUUGAGUUCCUCCGCCCCCUGCGUACCACCACGCCAUUGGAGAAGGUGUACGACCUUGUGCGAAGCACAGUCAAGCCCUGGAUGAAAGACAGGUUCAUGGCUCCUGACAUUGAGGCGAUACACCGGCUCCUGAUAGACCAAAAGGUAUGGGAAGUGGCAGGGCCUUACAUCGAUAAGUAUCGUAUGGAGUACAUCCCAGAAUCCAGACCCUCCUCGCCUACUGCCUUCUCUCUGGAGUCCCCAACCUCUCCGACCCCAAGAAAGCGUGUCCGCCACGAGUGACCGGAUGAAAGCAUGCCCGCCAUGAGUGACAGGAUGGCAUGUUUCCUCGGCAUAAUAUUUCUAUUCCCUCUUUUUUUCUAAAACUUAGAAAUAUUCUUAAUGGUUACACAUCAGGCAUUGGAAGUGACACUACAUAGUUAGAGUUUUGUGUGCAAUAGGUAUGUAUGUGAUAUAUGAUUUUGACAAUGUCAAUAAAUUCCUUUUAAUCCCA